CUCACCAAUUCCACCUUACCUCAGCCUUUGUUUAAUUUUCUAGCUUGCUCCCUCCCUCCGAUAGACGACGCGCUAGGCUGCAGGCAGGAAGGCGAUAAUGGGGACUCUACCUCCUAACCACCCUAUCAACACCACCUCCAACACUCAGAGCGAUGAACGAACAGCAGAGCAGAAAGCAAUUGAUGAAUGGCUUCCCAUCACCUCUGCAAGGAAUGCAAAAUGGUGGUAUUCCGCUUUCCACAACGUCACUGCCAUGGUUGGCGCCGGUGUCCUCAGUCUCCCUCAUGCAAUGUCACAGCUUGGAUGGGGACCUGGUGUUGCCAUCAUGGUCAUCUCUUGGAUUAUAACUCUAUACACUCUGUGGCAAAUGGUUCAGAUGCACGAAAUGGUUGAAGGCAAACGUUUCGACAGAUAUCACGAGCUGGGGCAGCAUGCCUUUGGUCAAAAACUCGGCCUCUGGAUCGUCGUCCCCCAACAGCUCAUUGUUGAGAUUGGAGUGGAUAUUGUGUACAUGGUUACUGGAGGACAAUCCCUCAAGAAGUUUCAUGACGUUAUCUGUCAAGACUGCAAAGAGAUCAAACUCUCCUAUUUCAUUAUGAUCUUUGCCUCUGUCCAUUUUGUCCUUGCUCACCUCCCCAACUUCAACUCCAUUUCUGGCGUGUCUUUAGCUGCUGCUGUCAUGUCGUUGAGUUACUCCACUAUUGCUUGGGGGGCUUCGGUGGACAAGGGAGUUCAAGCAGAUGUGGCAUAUGGGUACAAAUCGUCGAGCACUGCAGGGACGGUUUUCAACUUCUUUAGUGCACUGGGGAGUGUGGCAUUUGCGUAUGCAGGUCACAAUGUUGUGUUGGAGAUUCAAGCUACUAUCCCUUCUACGCCUGAGAAGCCUUCCAAGGUUCCUAUGUGGAGGGGAGUGGUUGUUGCUUACAUUGUGGUGGCGUUGUGCUACUUCCCUGUUGCCUUUAUCGGCUACUGGAUGUUUGGCAAUUCUGUGGAAGACAACAUUCUCAUCUCCUUGGAAAAGCCCGCGUGGCUCAUUGCUAUGGCCAACAUGUUUGUUGUAAUUCAUGUUAUUGGAAGUUACCAGAUCUAUGCAAUGCCGGUUUUUGACAUGAUAGAGACAAUGCUUGUUAAGAAACUGAGGUUCAGGCCUACUUGGUACCUGCGUUUCAUUACUAGGAACAUUUAUGUGGCACUCACAAUGUUUAUUGCCAUUACCUUUCCUUUCUUCGACGGGCUUCUUGGAUUCUUUGGAGGAUUUGCUUUUGCCCCAACAACAUACUUUCUCCCAUGUAUCAUGUGGCUGGCCAUCUAUAAGCCCAAAAAAUUCGGUCUUUCUUGGACCAUAAACUGGAUUUGCAUUGUUCUGGGGGUUCUUUUGAUGGUUGUAGCACCCAUCGGCGGCCUAAGAACCAUCAUUGUACAAGCCAAGACCUACAAAUUCUACUCUUAAUCAACACUAUCUCAUCUCACCUGCUGGACUUACAGCAAGGAAUCUAUGUUUUUUUGUUUUAUUUAGAUAAUAAUAUUACACACAUACAGUACAGAGACGUCAUGUUCAAGUAGCUUAGUGCUUUUCUAGGUUUAAUUAUAGUUCGGGUGUGCAUACAUCAUAUUAAUUAUAUGGUUAUGCGCUGUGUUUAUACUUUAUAGUAUAUAUACAAGAGUGAGUUUUGGAACUACCUUAAGGCUUAAGAUUACAUGAUUGCUUUUGUUUUCCUUAUAUCAUUUUUGGUCGUGUAAUGUAUGCAAUUCAGGAGUCAAGCAAUAUUGGAGUAUGAAUGUGUUAAUGACUUAA